AUGAAUAACAUCAAAAACCAAGAAACCAUUAAACCAUCAUCACCAACGCCACUUCAUCUCAACCGUUAUAAUCUUUCAUACAUGGAUUACAAAAGUCCUAACAUUCAUUAUUCGUCGGUUUUCUUGUACAAAAACUACAAGAAGGAUGACAUAAACAGAUUAAAAAAGUCAUUGUCAAAGUGUUUAACACAAUACUAUCCUUUCGCAGGCAGGCUCCCAUCGGCUUCUGCAUCUCAGUACAUCAAAUGUAACGAUGAAGGAGUCGUGUUCUUGGAAGCUUGUGUCGAUUUUCCACUCCAAGACUUGGUUCUCAAUAGAGACCCAGACGAGACCAAAAUUAAAAAACUUGUUCCUAAUGUUGGUAACGAAAGUAAUCGUGUGCUGGAGGUCCAAGUGAACCAUUUUUCUUGCGGUGGAGUUGCGGUGGCUGUUUCUCUCUCACAUAAAGUUGCAGAUGGUCUCACGAUGGCCUACUUCGUCAACCACUGGGCGACUGUUACACGUGGUGGAUCGCCAAUAAACCCCACUUUUGUUUCUGCACCCGUAAGAGAUGAUACUACUACUACUACUACUAAUGUUCAUCAAGAUGAUCAACCUGUCAUGAAAAAAGUACCAUCGAAAUUUAAGUGUACGGCAAAAAGAUUUGUGAUUUCGAAUUCAAAACUGGCCAAUCUCAAGAACAAGAUAAACAGUAUGGCCGCCGGGAUGAGUCCUACUCCGAUGAACCCUAGUCGGGUUGAAUCAUUAAUCUCUCUACUCUUUAAAAGUGCGGUGAAUGCAGCCGCCACAACAAAAAAAGCAGGUUCUUUUCAACCAUCAAACUUGAGUCUAACAUUGAACAUGAGAGAAAAAGUCGGCGUCAGUACGGUUCCUCUUAGAUAUGCUGUAGGAAACAUACUUAAUUUGGCGGUUGCAAGGAUGGAUGAUUCAAGUGAAAUCGAGUUGGAUAAGGUGAUUAAUCGUUUGAGGAAAGAUAGAAUGGAGAUCGAUGGAGCAGCUGUAAGCAGAGAUGUUGAAGAAUUAGGCGAAAUGUUCUUUAAGAAAAGAACAGGCUUACGACAAGAUCAAAGUCGUCGAACUUAUAGCUGUACGAGUCUAUGUAAUCUUCCAAUUUACAAGGUGGACUUUGGAUGGGGAAAGCCAGUGCGUGUAAUUUUACCAACUGAUAAUUGGAAUGAUUCAAGCUAUUUUAUUAUGAUGGAUGCAGCUUCUGGGGAUGGUAUUGAAGCAACCGUGAUAUUGAAAGAAGAAGAAAUGACUCUUUUUCAAAAUGACAAAGAAUUUCUUGCAUUUGUCCAAGACUAG